UGAGAAGGGGGGUCUGUUGCUGGCUGUCCGGUGUUCAGUGAGCUAGGCUGUGCGGCUAAAAGAUGCACACAGCUCAAGCUAUGUACAAUAUGGUGCCUGGAAGCUAGUAUAUGUUUAAUUCGGAGGGGCAAACGGCUGUUUCUGUACGACACGGACGGUAGCAGAAAUGGCCGGAAUUAUAAAAAAGCAAAUUUUGAAACAUUUGUCAAGGUUCACCAAGAAUCUGUCCCCAGACAAGAUCAAUCUGAGUACACUGAAGGGGGAGGGGCAGCUCUCCAACCUCGAGCUCGAUGAAGAGGUACUGCAGAACAUGCUUGACCUGCCUACCUGGUUGGCUGUCACCCGGGUCUACUGCAACAAGGCCGCCAUCAGGAUACAAUGGACAAAGUUGAAAACAAGCCCCAUCUGUUUGUUCUUGGAUAAGGUAGAGGUAGAAAUGAGGACAUGUGAGGAGCCACGUCCACCCAAUGGCCCCUCUCCUAUAGCUAUUACAGCAGGCCAGAGCGAGUACGGCUUUGCAGAGAAAGUGGUGGAGGGCAUGUCUGUUAGGAUCAACUCCAUCACCAUCAAGGUGCAGGCUCGGGCCUUCCAUGCCUCCUUUGAGCUCUGGCAGUUACAAGGCAACAGUCUCAACCCCAAAUGGCAGCGCAGUGACCUCCGCUACACCCGCGUCACUGACCCAAAGAGAGGAGAGGUGUUGACGUUUAAAGAAAUAAACUGGCAAAGUCUACGAAUCGAGGCAGAUGCCAUUGAGAGUGACGACCAGGACCUCGGAAGCACCCCAUUACGUCUCAUCACCAACCAGGGACGCAUUCGCAUCGCUCUUAAGCGCAGAAUAAAGGACUGUAAUGUGCUGGCAUCCAAGCUGCUUUUCAUUCUGGACGACCUGUUGUGGGUGUUGACGGACUCUCAGCUCAAAGCCAUCAUCCAUUACGCCAAAUCUCUCAGCGAGGCCAUGGAGAAGUCUGCCCAGCAGAGGAAGAGCAGGACUGCUGAAUCCCUACAGACUGCUCCUCCAUCACCUGGCAUCCACAACCUUUGGACAGAGCCCCCCACCGCCCCUACUGGCACCCCCAACAACAUGAGUCAAUAUUUUGAUCUGUAUGAUGUCAAAGAAUCUUCUUACCACACCUUCAUAUCCCGCUUGGACUUACACAUAUGCAAUGACAGUUCUUCAAUGGAUGAAGAUGAUGCUCCACCUCCAGGCUUGCAGGGUGCCAUGCAGCUAACAUUCAGGAAACUGGGAUUUGACUACUAUCCCGUCCACAGACCUGCUGAUGGAUGUCGACACUGGGAACGCCACAGUGGAGCCAUGGAAGCUCAGGCCCAGUGGGCAGGGAAACUGCUGCAGGAGUACCAGAAGAGAGCAGAGGCUUCUGGGUUCCCUGGGCCACAUACUGAGACACCCCAGCCAACCAAGGACUCCUCUGCAAGGACAGUUCAAGAUGGACAGUCCAGUCCCAAGACGAGCCCCACCAACACAGAGCAGGCGUCCAGCAGGAACUCUGCCACAGCUCCUCCAGGGUCAUCACUGAAGAGGCUGCGGUCCAGCUGCGUGGUGGUCAGGAUGGAUGACGUGGACAUUCACCAGGUGUCUACAAGAGGCCGUCAAAACAAGAAGACCCGGUCUUUUCUAUCCUGCAACCGUAAAGCUCUGCGUUUGCCGGACAAUGUACCAGCAGUUCAUCUGCAGUUCACUGAAUACUACUUUCCCGACAACCCCAGUUUUUCAGUGCCCACCUCAAACCUGUACGCCCAGCUGAAUAGCCUCCAGCUCUGUGUAGACCCAGCCAGCGUACUGUGGAUCAAUCUGUUUUCCAGGGGUCUGCUGCAUACCCUGGACCAGGUCAAAGCUUUCUACCAUUUGCAAGACAGCACCAGAGCCGAAGAACAUGUAGACAUCCGCAUGGAUGCAGCUCAGCUCAAGUUGGUAAUCCCACUAGAUUCUUCCAUAUUGGACCAUCCGGAGCGUCCACAGUCCCUCUGUGUUACUGUACCCCAGAUGGUUCUCAGCAACACCCGCCUCUGCCCUCAUGGCUCCAGAGCAGACCUCAACGGCACCUUCAACAAGUUCGCCAGCUGCCCUUUCUUCCAGCACACACCUCCUUGCCCCUACCCCAGAGACCAGAGUGCCUUUCGCCCCAUCCCCCCCACCUUCCUCCAGCACUCUCAAGAGACAGAGCCCCAACCUCUGGACAGAAAGCAGCUGCGAUCCCAGGAUGUCUGGUCUCUCAGUCUGUCCCGUGUGACCCUCGGUUUUGAUGGAGCUCGGCAUUUCCCCAAAGGCAAAACCCAACCUUUUGUUGAGCCCUUCGCCAUGUCUGUGUGGAUAUGUCAGCCCACAGCCUUUAAAAACAGAUCAUCGUCUUCCUCCUCCAGUCCCAACGGAGUUCACCAGCCGUCUCCAGAGCAGGAAGAGGCCUCCCUUGCCUCUGUCCACUUUUUGGCCCACACCAUUACUCCAGUGAAAAUGUGGCUCAACCACUAUCAGUAUGUUGCCCUGCUGAGGAUGAAGGAUGCCAUGGCUCGGUUGGCGGCAGAGUUAGGCCGGGAUCUUCGAGAUGUUAAGCAGGCUCACGGCGAGACGACAAAACCUACAACGGUUUGUCUUGCCCUCCUGGUGGACUCUGUAGAAUUGGGUCUUCUGUUGCCACCAGUGUGCACAGAGCCUGAGGAAGAAGUCCCUCAGACACCAGAGACGGACAGUCCCAGCAUGACAGACUCUGACAUCUCUCCGACUCAUCACUCUGCAGUCCUGGAGGACAGCGGGCUAGAAAACGGCAUCUCCUCCAUCAAUACUGUCACUGCGUUUGAUCAGGAUGAACAAGAUGGGGUUGUGGAGGAGGCGUGUGAGGCUGUGGAGGAGGUGCUGGAGGCGGCGGAUUUGACAACACAGGGGGACACCCCUGUCCUCUCACCUCCACUCUCACCUGGACACUCGCCUGUCCUCUCCCGCGAACCGUCCAACUUCAGCCUGGAGGGAGAGCUGUCAAGCGCCAUCAACGUCACCAAGGAUGUGACCAAAGACGCCAUUAGUGCCUCGCUGGACUUGACCAAAGGGGCGUUUUCAAUAACAAAGGACGCCUUCAGCAUGCUGAGUCGUGGCUCAGGGAUGAGCAAAUUGUUUAGUCAACAGGCAAAGGAACAAGUCCAGCGCUCAGAGGAGUCCUCCCCCUCUCUGGCUGCCAGCCUGCGGCACCAGUCCAUGAAGCAGUCGCCUUCCCAGCAUUCCUUUGAUAGCGCUAUCUUGGAUGGCAGCCUGCCUGAUGAAAACCUUUCUGUGGAUAGCGAUGUCAGCGACAAUUUUGUUGUUCUAAUGGACUCAGAGUCGGGUGUGGAGUCCAUGCGUCCCAACAACACUCCUGCAGGCAGUCGAGGCAGCCCAGCCCCAGGGACAGAGGGAGGGUCAUCAGCGGAGCUCAGCAGCUCUCUGUCCCAAAGUAUUGAGGAUGUAACUCAGGAUAUGUCCUCAGUGUUGCUGCUUGUCCUGAGUGGAGCAGCUUGUACCAUGGAAGUAAAGGGAGAAGACCAGGUUGUGGCAGUAGAGGCCCAGAAUCUGACCCCUGUGCAGAUGGGCAAUGUCAGGGUAACAGACCUGACGGCUGGCCUCAUACAAGCUCCAGGUGCACCAGCCCAGAAGCAGGACAGGAAGAGUACCAGGGCGUCUCCAGUAGUGUGCAUGCGAGCAGAAAUGGGUCCAUGUGCAGCUCGACACUCUGCUCUGUCUGAGUCUUUGGGCUUCCUGGACAUGACGGUGCAAGACUGCAAAGUCGAGCUUUUAGCUUCCACAGUAAAUAACAUUGGUCCUUUUCUGGAAGACGAGUUCAGUGUUGAUGGUCAGCCAAUGAAGUUACACAUGAGAAACAUCACUGUCACUAUGAAGGAUGAUAGCCCUAAAAUCUACCCUACGGCCCCUCAACCUGUCCCAGCCUCAUUCAUUGUAGAUCAGCUUCUGCUGGAGCGCUGUGAAGACGGCAUCAUGAGGCUCAGAGCUGAAGGUACAGACCCGACAGCCUCAGCAGCUGUUCCUGUGGCUGGCUCAGGCAACACAAACCAUUCCUGCUCCAAUCAACAGCAGUGUGAGGGCAAAAGCCUGGAGUCCCAGCUCUCUGAUGCCCAGGCUGCUCUGACCCAGGCCCUCAGUGACAAAGAGCGCCUCCUUCUGGAAGUCAGGAAGCAUGACCCCAUGUUUACUCUCUGAGCCUCUCCAUGUUUCACCUCUGAACCUACUGCGUCACUGCUCCUGCUGGAACAGUGAUGGGAUACAUCAGGCUGAAUGUCAGGAACCAGCAAGACUGAGUAGAACCAUGUCUGAACAUCAGACAUGUUUAAAAAAAAUAAGAUGAAUCCAAGUUAUGGCUUUGGAUCACUUCUCACUAUAUCACACUGUUCAAGAUAUUACAAAAAGAGCCCCUAUAACAAUUACUAAAAGGGGACUUACUGUAGUGGAAUAACUUAUAGGUACAUUAAUGGUACUACUUUUUAACUGGCAGUCUAGAUAUUCCUCACUGCUGUACUAAACACAAAUUAUCCCGGAUGUUUCUCAUCCAAAUCAGCGUGGACAGUAAACUCAUUGUGUGGUUUCAGUGUUUGUCACAGAGCAUGCAAGGGUAAAUUUCAUCAAGCUUUAAUUCUCUCCGGUUAAUUGUUGUUUGUGUUACGGAAUCAUUAAGUUGAGCACAUGCCAAAACCUCCUCUUGACACUGCCAGACAGCUGCUAGAACAUCAGUCGCUCCCUCUACAAAACACAACUUAAUGUCCAGCAUGCUUUGUGAAUAGUGCUAAGUGACACAUAGCACAUUUGCAGAUAAACUGUCAUCAAGCUCAAUAGACUUAGUAAUGUAGAGUACAUUAUUUUAGUCGUGUUCCUUUUUAUUUAAAAAGUAUUAUGACAAUAUUAUCAGCUGUUACUUGUUGAAAAUGUAAUGUGAAAGGUAGGGAAAACAAUGCACUUUUUUUUUCUUUCUUUUUUUUUUAAAGGAAGCAGAACUACACUGCUUUCACAGAGACGGAUGCAUCUAAUUUUCCACCUUGGUUGCUUUGUCAUCAGGGUGGAAUGGUUUCACACUCUUAUCAAGUUCUCACUCUCCUAAAAAAAAAGCGUGUUGAAUCAUUCCCCAGUGUUAUUUGUCUUUGAGUCGUUUAACGUUGAUCAUGCUUCUUUUGUACUGUGAAACAAUGUGCUCUGUGGUCGAAUGUCCACUGAAGAUGACACGCCUUUCGAUCGCUCCCUUUGGCUGUGGAGAACAGGAUGCACAGUAGCGUCAGUAUUUUAACUUUUUACACUUAGUCUCUGGUUUAAAGAGGUUUAGGAUGUACCAGCUAACGAGUUAUAAUACUUGAUUUCUUUAAUACUUAGUUUGUAGCUUGCCAGGAAACAACUCAGACUGCUAGUGUUAUUACCUCUGUGCACAUUUGUCAUGUAUAGUAUAAUGGUCAUGAACUUGUGUAUAUUUAUUGUUUUGUUUUUUUCUAGACCAGAGUUACUUUGCAGUGUAUUGAAGCCAUAUCAAUCAAAGAAAAUUGCAUUUUCAAAAAGCGGUGGUAGUGAUAAUGUAUGCACAGUGUGUUAUGUAGCUGACCAAAUUCACUCCAAAAACUAAGUCUUUUUCAGUGUGUUCAAUCCUAAACUGCUGCAAAAUUUAUCUAUCAGGCCAGCUGCCAGUUCAAAUUUCUGUCGCUUUUCUUUUUCUAUGCAUAAAUCUGUUAAUAUGCAUGGAUUCAAACAAAGAUGGAUUUGUUCAUCGAAAAGACUGUUUAAAUAUUUAACAUUCAUUGUUUGAAUGUUUCAGUGAAAAAGACCUCUCUGUCAGCUACAUUUUAUGUACAAAUGUUCUUUUGUUAAAUUGGUGGUUUAGCAUUUAGCCCGUGGAGGUUUGGUUAUCUGUUUAAUGGUUGCAAAGCUCUUGCAGCCACCUUUCACUUCCAUUCAUCACUGUCCCUGUGUGUGUGCUCUGGAGACCCCUUGUGGCUGAAUUUGCCAUUUGCUGGGUAUUCCCUAUUCAAAAUGUUGACGUUUUCUUUGUUUUUCUUUCUUAAAGGCACAUUGGGUAGGAUUUUCCUUAAAAUCAAUGUAUGAACUUACACCCUCUCAAUCACUUAUGACCUUUUAGAAGUGUGUGGCAGUUUCUGUACAUGCAGAAACUGUGCCAUCUAUUCUUAUUUUCUUUUGAUUUCUCUGUGUUUGGAAUAGUUCUGGGUUUCAGCCUUUAGGCAGCAAUCUACAGAGAUGGUGAACACAGUGCCUAGAAAAACUAAAAUAUAGGUGAGGUAAAAUACCAAACAGCCAAAAGUGGGUCUAAAGCCCCUCACUUUGGCUCUGAGGUUGGCUUAAACCCACUGACGAGCACUACGAUUGGGCAACUUUGAAUGUUGCUUUGAGUGUUUACAGAGAAAAUCCUACUCAUUGUGCUUUUAACUUUGGUUGCCUUGCAAGCUAUGAAUGACAGUUUUGCAUUCUUUAAGAGGAAUGUAAAAAUAUUUAAGCAAUAGAAGACAGCUUUGGUUUAACCAAAAACAUACAUGACAAAGAACAGUAACACUACACAUUUUUUAUGUGUAAUUCUUCAAUUUUCAAAAUGACUGUCAAAGAAAUGAUUGACCUGCCUGCCAGGUUUAAUGUUUUCCCCUCAACUGCAUGUGUACUGAACACACCCUAACUCUAUAAGUGUAAUACAGCAGAGAUACUGCUCUUUAACCUCAGUGUAACAUGUAGUCGUGAUCUUCUCAGCUUUUGAUGUUUUUUUUUUUUUUUUGCAUGGCCUUACUAGACAAAAUACAGUGGUACAAAAUUAAACUUCCCAUGCUGGAUGCAACAUGUAGCUGUAGUUUAUCCAGUUUUCCUCUCCUCUGUGUUAGGUAGCAUCUCUAUUCUGACAAACUGGUGCUCUGAGGUCCAUCUGCUCAUAACCAUGUGGAAAGAAGAUGGACAAAGCGUGAGGCGAGACUCACUUCAACCUGGCUAAAAAGUUGCCAGUGAAGUCCGAUGCAUGUACUGAGGCGAUGUUGCAUAGUUUGCCUUGUGAAUUAUUUGCACUUGUGUGAUAAAUUCACUGGAAAUUGCACUUGUUUGAUGUAAAUCAGUAUUUUUGUCAGUUGUGUAGUUACAUUGAAUUUUGUAUUGUCUUUAUCACUUCAUUGAGACUAAUAUAAAAUUGGUUCUGUGAACCAAAGCUAGUAUGUGGAAAAUAUUUUAAAAGAAUAAAUGAUUAAUUGCUGGACACAUUUCAGUUGUGCCUUUUAAGUUUUAAUAGAAAAUGCAUGUUUCCAUGUAACAAAUACCUACUGCCUCUUUGUUUUUGUCAUAAAUUAUGACAGCAACUUGUACACUCAAGUCUCCAGUUAUUUUAGUAGUGUGAUAUAUAGUUUGUUCAACUUCAACCUCAAUAAAAGUGUACAUAUUUCCAAUUAAAA